AUGGCGUCACAGGCAGAUUACAAGAACAGAGAGUUCCUAGCCGUCAUUGGCGACGAGGACUCCGUGACGGGCCUUCUUCUAGCUGGUAUUGGUCACGUAACACCGGCGCCCGAUUCGCAGAAGAACUUCCUGGUCGUGGACGGCAAGACCGACACGGCUGCGAUCGAGUCGGCGUUUGACCGAUUUACUACCGAGCGCAAGGAUAUUGGAAUUGUCCUCAUCAACCAACAUGUGAGCUGUUCUGUACUCCUCGCUGCGACAUACGUCGUGCUAACCCAAGCAUCGCAGAUUGCCGACAAGAUACGGCAUCGAAUCGACACAUACACGGCUGCGUUCCCGACGAUUCUAGAGAUCCCUAGUAAAGACCAUCCUUACGAUCCUGAGAAAGAUAGUGUUCUACGCAGAGUCAGACGCCUGUUUGGAGAGUAA